GUGUGCUCUGUGCCUGUCUAUCUGCGUCUCUCGUGUCUUCGAGUUAACUGUCAUAUCUCCGGACGUUGCCUGUCAGAUUCUCCUGACCAAGCGAUCAUUGCGGUCGUUAUAUAUCUGCCCCGUGUCGGUCCAGUACCGACUUGCUUGCUCUCUCCUCCCCCGAGCUUCCAGGUGUUCAUUCACCUUCACUCUGGCUACCUGGGUCACCUUGCUUGACUAGUUUCUACCACCUUCACGCUCUUUUUUUCUCGGUAUCCCUGUAACGCACCACUAUGAUUCCUACACUUGUUGCGUGCGCUUGCCUUCUGCCUACUCUUGUCGCUGCGCAGUACCAGAUAGUCAAGAGUUACGAGGGUUCGACGUUCUUUGACGAAUGGACUUUCUAUGAUAAUUUCGAUAACCUAACCAACGGCGACGUCAAUUACCUCAGUGCGAAGGAUGCGCAAACUCAAAACCUGGCGUUCAUCAAUGACGCCGGUCGUGCAGUCAUGAAAGUCGACAACUCGUCGACUCUCAAGUUUCCGUCCAAACGAAAUUCAAUUCGAAUCGCUACUCAGGCCCAAUUUACCAUCGGGUCGUUGUGGGUCGCGGAUAUGACGCACGUACCGUUCGGUUGCUCUGUAUGGCCUGCUUGGUGGUCGUCUUCGCCGACCUGGCCCGAUGGUGGGGAGAUCGAUACAUUUGAGGGCGUGAACCAAGUGACAAUGAACCAGAUGGGCCUUCACUCAGCACCGGGUUGUACGCACUCAAACACGUCUGUUCAGUCGAGUACACUCAUUAACUCCACCGAUUGCUCCAUCCUCGCAAAUGCGAACGAGGGAUGCACCGUCACAAACCCAACAACCAAAUCGUACGGUGCCGGCUUCGCAAAUGCUGGAGGAGGUGUCUGGGUCACGGAAUUUGCUGUAAAGGGUAUUUCCAUCUGGUUCUUCACACGUUCCUCGAUACCGGACUCGCUCCAAAGCAACGCCAGCACUAUCGACACGUCAACCUUAGGGAUCCCCGUAGCUAACUGGCCGGCUGAUGGGUGUUCACCACCUGACUUCUUCGAGCCUCAAUACCUUAUAUUCGAUAUCACACUCUGUGGAGACUAUGCCGGAAACUCAAAUUCAUUCUAUCAAACUUGCACUGGUGUCUGUUACCAAGAUUGGGUUCUUGGCACUCCCUCCAACUACGACAACGCCUACUUUGAGGUCAACUAUGUCCGUGUGUAUGGAGAACCUGGAGAGCUCACGGUCAUCUCCUCGGAUGCUUCUCCUUCGCACACCGCGGACGCCGUUCGAGUGUUAUCGAUCCUGGCUGGACUGAAGUUUGACCCUGGAAUUUGGACUCGUUGAAUGGAAUGAACGCUAUUGUUGGGUAUGGUUGGACGUCCUGGAAAAAUCUUGUCUGUACUUGUUAGGGUUAUGUUGAUCUUUCCGUUCCCCUCGCUGCUUUCACACUCACAUCAUACCGUAGACUUACUUUAUCAUAAAACCUCGGACUACUUGUUGUUUGUAUACCUGGUGGAGAUAUAUACAUUUCCUUAUUCGCGUCAUGCAAUACAUCUGUCGUACAGAAUUUCCAAUGUC